AUGAAUCCUCAAACCUCCCGUCGCCCGAUCCAGAAACUAUCAACAGCAGUUGCUAAAUGCGCUGCAGAGGCGACGGCAUACGGGAAAUGCAUCGUGGCAGAUUAUAACGACGUGACCAAGGACAAGUGUGCUCGGGAAUUUUUGAGAUUGAAAGAUUGCUAUCUGGUACAUCUUCCAUUUCUCUCUCUAUAUUUUCUCCCCCCUCUCACGCCCAGAGACUAA